GGUCAAUCAACCUUUGGUGUCUGACAUCAACAACUACCACUUCACUGUUCUACGUAUAGCUAAUAAGCGGCCUCUUGGGCUUGUCUAGCCUAUGCGGAACUUGAGGCUGUAAUAUUGUGGCCAUAUCAAGUAGCUGAAGCUCAUCCGGCUUUGUAAUGAAACAAGCGAGUUUGGCUGGUCAGCAAAAAGCACCCAGAAGCUUCCUUGACGGACAGUGCAGCCACAGUGCCAAGCAACUCCGACAGCUCUACCCCACCAACGUACCUUCAGAUAGCCCAGCCGCGCCUCGUCAGCGACGGUGCCUAGGUCAGGCAGGCGGCAUGUUUGACACUGCCGCAACAUCAUCGAGCUUAACGUUCAUUUCACAUAGUACACAUUCGGUUUCAAAACACAGCUUCUACUAGGUUUCACUCUAGAAUAAUCGACUAGGGCUAAAUACCAUUCAAGAGACGUUUCCCUAUCUUCAUCAUAUAUCGAAGCCACCAUGUCUUCCAACGUGGUGGUUAUCUCCACCGAUUUCCGGCGGGCUACCGUUAAGGUCUCGCCCGGAACCUACCUUAUCGAUGUACUUGAUGAAGCCUGCAGGAAGCUCAAUCUGCAAAGCGAUAAAUACCUACUAAAACACAACAACAAGCAGCUUGACCUGUCAAACCAACUCCGGGCUUACAACAUCUCCCAUGGCGCCAAACUCGAGCUUGUAGUCCGAUCGAACACCACUUCCGUUGUCAGUGUCGCCCUCAAACUGCCCGAUUCUGAAGCCGCCGGAAUCCCCAACGGCCGCUUGAUCGAGAAGUUCCGUAGCGACACAACAUUAUGGAAGAUGAUCAGGCAUUUCGAGAGUGGCGCCUCCACCUCAGGCGUUGCGAGUGGGAGGAAAUUCAACUUCACCGCUAGGGGAGUGCCACAGACUGCAGGAGGAAGUCAAGCAGGCGCCGGACAGCUCUACCACGAGGGCCCGGUGUUGAAUGUCAUGGGAAGGGAGUUGUCCUCGCUAGCGGACUUGCAAAAGACCCUGGCACAGGUUGGAAUCAUGGGGAAUGUCUUGAUUACUCUCUCUUUCAAGCUUUCGGGCAUGACGCUGCACGAGGCCAUGCAGCAGAUUGAACAGUUCUUCACAGAGGAUUCACAGGCGCCCGCGGCAGCGUCAUCAGACAAGCCUAAAGCCGAAGAGCCCGCAGUAACAACACAGGCAUCCUCGCAAGAGAACACGCCACAACCAUUGAUAUCCACAACUUCGACACCGGAAUCCCAGGAUGUCAGUACCAACAACAACCAGAGCAUGAGCCAGGCAGAAGCUUCAACAUCGGCAGGUCAAGGGACCAGUCAGCCCGACGAGGCGCAAUCAUCUUCCACCGGCCGGGGUAUGCAAGUUUUUGCAGCCCCGUCGGCAUCUACGCCAGCGGCCGCGCUUACAAAAGAUCCAGAGUCGGCCUUUCAACCUACAAUUAUGCAUGCGCAACUCCAUCAACAGCGCUUGCAGCAAAACUCAGUUAAUAAACGUCUGCCUUCCGACCGAGAAAUCGAGGCGAAACAGCAGGCCGAGGCGGCCAAGCUGGCGUCGAUCAAGGAGGUCAGCAUCAAGGUCCGCUUCCCAGACAACACAUCGGCACAGUGGACGUUCGGACCUGAGGACACGUCUGGAUCACUUUAUGACGAAGUCAGGAAGGUUAUGGCAGAUCCAACGCAGCCUUUCAAGCUGGUCAGCCCUGCUGCGAAGGGUCCUGGUGGAACUGGUGACUUGAUUGACGGCAGCGGCGAGAAGCACAAUUUGAUUCGAGCAUAUCGUCUCGAGGGCCGGGUGAUCGCGACGGUAGUGUGGGCCGAUGCGGUACCGCCCAGUGUACGGAAGGCACCAUUCUUGAAAGGAUCCGUGGCUCAGCAGGCUCAACAGAUACAGGUCCCCGUCAUACCAGUUUCAACCCCAGAUACGGAGGAUGUGCCGAUGCCAACGCCUGCCGGAAGGUCUGAAAAGAAGGGAGACGGCAGUGGUGUGAAGCUACCAAAGUGGCUAAAACUGCCUGGAAAAAAAUGAUGCAGCGAUGAUGAAUACUGUAGUAUUUAUUGGCAACCAAGCAUCGCUCAAGUCAAUUUUUGAUUCAUGUGUUUUUUUCAUGGAGUUUGACUGUCGUGAGAUAAGACAAUCAACGAUAGAGCAUCCACAAAGAGCCAUCAUUUACCCGACCCGCUGCCAUCGUCACCGCCAUCAUCACCACCAUCAUCACCGCCAUCAUCACCACCAUCAGGACAGCGAUCAGCAGGAGCAUUACGACAGUCCUCACGGCCGCCCUCAUCCCCAAUAGUCCACGGAACCGGCUCAUCAGGCUCGAUGUGCGGUCGGAGCGCGUAGCUAAUGUAAUUACCGCUCACCGUGUCACUCUUACUCUUGCAAUUACUCGCGCCGUCCGUCUUGUCCUCCUCACACUGCAGCUCCAUAUCCACGCUCCCGCCCGUCUCUAUCGGCAACCAGCCCCACUUCUUGGUCCCCUCGGUGCAGGCGGCCUCCAUCAGCGCGAGCGUGCCCUUCUUGUCGCCGCUCCCCGGCGCGACGUCGUAGAUGAACUCGACGCUCGAGUUGUCGCACGCGAACCGCUCCCGUGCGCUCUUGACCAGGUAGACGGGCCACGUGCUGACGCUCCGGCGGCAGGUCGUUUCGAUCCUGGUCUGCUUGGACGAGAAGCCAAACGUUAUGGUCGUCUUGUUGGCUGCGUCGCUCUUGGGGAUCGAGAGGGUGAAGUUGGAGACGGUAAAGUCGUGGCCCGGGACGCAGUUUGCGGGCCAGUCGCGGGCGAGGAGGGUACGGCCUGGUGGUGACGCUGGGAUUGCUGUCGCCGUGGUGACGAGGAGGAGAAGUGACCAGCAACGCAUUUUUUGGUGCCUGGCUUGAGACAGGUUUUUUUUUUUUUUUUUUCUUUUUUUCAGUGAGAAGUGAUGCUACGAGAUGUUUUUUGUCGCAGUGAAGUGACUGUCUGCUUGUGCUACCCUUAUGUUUUAGGCCGACAUGACAGGCUCAAACAAAAGGCUCUGGCAGGUUUUAUACUUGUCAACCUCGCGAGCCUUGUCCAGAUUCGGAUCCAGGAACCAUAUGACCAUUUUCCGUCCACCUCGUGCUAGUAUUCCCCGAAGGAAUCAGGUGCAAUUGGUGAAUCUCACAAGUGCCGAUACGACUCUUGUAAACGCAGCCGUGGUCUCGGACAAGGACUUUGUGCAAGGCCAGCCGUCAAAAUUUCCAUCUUUGAGUGGCCACAGUUAGACGGUACCACCAACUGGCACACGCAGGUAGCCUCCGAACGCAUUCUCGCUGUGCUAGACUCCGUCAAGGCUGACGUGGAAGUAACAAUCAUUGGGGCUUUUGUACAAUUGUUGCAUCUCGGGAUAUUGCCACUCGAAAUAGCAUUAGUAAUGGAAAGCCC